GUAGCAAGUCACAUGGUCAGGAGGAACGCGUGCGUGAGAAGAAGGGAAGCGGCGGCCGGAGAGCGGGGAGAAAUUCAACAAAAUGAUUAUCCCUGUCAGAUGCUUCACGUGUGGGAAGAUCGUUGGAAAUAAGUGGGAGGCAUACCUCGGGCUGCUGCAGGCGGAGUACACUGAAGGUGACGCCCUUGAUGCUUUAGGCUUGAAGAGGUAUUGCUGUCGCCGUAUGCUUCUCGCUCAUGUGGAUCUGAUAGAGAAGCUUUUAAACUACGCUCCCUUGGAAAAAUGAAAAGGACCUGCGCGGACGUGACCUUCCCUAAUGGUGCACAAUACGGAGGAAACUUUUCUGUCCGGAGCAGAACGCACAGAUUUGUGAGAACCAUGAAGCAAACCGGGACAUUCCUAAUCACUGAUUACCUCUGCCUCCACAAAACGCCCUCAUUUUAUAUUUAAUAAAGAUAUUUUUGUUAUAAUUGA